UAUACCUCAUACUCAAAGACAAAGCUUUAAUAAUUCAAUAAUUGAGUUUUCUUCCCCCUAAUACGAAUAUGGGUUCACCAAUGAUAUGAUAAUCAAUAUCUUAGCAUCUUUAUCUUCUUUCAGUGUGGAUGAUAAUCCUGAUCUUUGUAUGACGGAAUCCUGUAAAAAGAAAAACUUUACUGUACAACUGGUUGCAUCGUUUUCAGCAUUAGUUGUAAUCCUUUUGAUUUCUUUUGGAUUUUGGAUAUUCAGAAGACAAAAAGCUGUAGUUACGCCUUCAAAUUCUAAGGAAAGGGGUUCAAUGAAAUCAAAACACCAAAAUUUCAAUUAUUCUGAAAUUCUCAAUAUUACUGAUAACUUCAAAACUAUUAUUGGAGAAGGAGGAUUUGGAAAAGUUUACUUUGGCAUUCUACAAGAUCAAACUGAAGUCAUUGUUAAGAGGCUUUCACCAUCAUCAAUGCAAGGUUAUAAGGAAUUUCAUUCGGAGGCACAACUUCUAAUGAUUGUUCAUCAUAGAAAUUUGGUCCCCCUCCUUGGAUAUUGUGAUGAAGGUCAAACCAAAGCAUUGAUUUAUGAAUACAUGGCCAAUGGAAAUCUCCAACACAUUUUAGUAGAAAAUUCAAAUAUCUUAAGUUGGAAUGAGAGGCUUAACAUUGCAGUUGACACAGCACAUGGAUUGGAUUAUCUGCAUAAUGGAUGUAAACCACCUAUUAUGCAUAGAGAUUUAAAGCCUUCAAACAUACUACUAGAUGAGAACUUGCAUGCAAAGAUUGCUGAUUUUGGUCUAAGUAGAGCUUUUGGUAACGAUGAUGAUUCUCAUAUAUCUACACGCCCUGCUGGUACAUUUGGUUACGCUGAUCCAGUGCAAGUGUAUUAUAAAAAAUCAAAUUAGAUUGACCGUAUUUUAAUAUUUUGUAGCAUUUACUUUGCAUAAAUAUCUAUUUCAAGUAAUGUAAUUCAUGACAACAAAUUGACGGUUUAUUUAUAAAAGAGGUGACUUAUACACUCAA